CACGUUUUUAGUAGUUCCUGUGAUGGUCGAAGUCGCUGGUCUUGCGCCAUGCGGCAUCUGCGUGCUAGCUUUCUGAGGUUCUGAAACAGACACCUGAUCUAUCACCUUACUAUUUCCACGAUAGAACAUCGUCGAGCAGAAAGAGAAUCAUGAAGAACGUUACGCUCGGCAGCGUGGUCGAAACCACGCUUCUGGAGAGCCGGCGCUUUUUCAAGGAGGACGUGCCCGAGUUGCUCGCGCUUACCGCGCGCUCCCUGCAGAAGAACAAACUUUUCCCAACUUCUUGGAAAGAGUUCUCCUCCUACUCCCAAAGCGACUGGCUCGACGUGAUUCCGGUUGUAUGCGGCAUUCUGGUUGCCGCAUCCUGGCUCCUGUACUACCAUUGGUUUCCGAACACCAAUUACGGAAAGGGGGCGGCGGGCCGCUACGAAUACCGCGUCACGCGGUCGGUGCUGCUUCGCGCACAGGCGCUCUGCUAUUUCUGCGGCUUUCUCACGUCCGUGUACCAGCACCGCACGCUCUGGGGCGAGCACGGGUUGCUUCCUGCGAAUCCGCGCUCGAACCGCCCCACCCCCAUGUUCGACUGGUUCGGCUUCGGCGACCUGCAGCUGGAAUUUGUGUCACUGCUGGGCUUGUUUUUCUGCGUGUUGCUCGUGAAGUACGAAUCGAUGUUUCCGGCGGCGGCGUGCUGGGUGUUGUACUUGAGCAUCGUGAACAUGCAGGCCCCCUUUACGUACAGCUACGGCUGGGAGUGGCUGACCUGCGAGGGCGGGUUCUUGGCCAUCUUUCUCUGCUCCCCGCCGUUCCUGCGGAAGCCGGCCCAGCCCUCCCUGUUCGUGGUGAUGCUGUUCCGGUGGCUGGCGUUCCGGCUGCUGAUCGGGGCCGGCAUGAGCAAGGUCGGGCGCAACAGUUCCGCCUGCUGGCGCGAGCUGACCUGCACGACCACGCACUACUUCACCCAGCCGAUCCCCAACCCGCUGAGCUGGUACUUCCACUUCCUGCCGUUUGCCGUGCACCAAAUCGAGGUCGCCAUGACCUUUUUCGAGCAGCUGGUCGUACCGUACAUGAUGCUGAUGCCCUUCUAUCCUAUGUAAAAACGUCCCCACCCCAUAGUUGUCAUGCAGAUCGGCGUGCUAAAAAUGUUUGUCAUGCGGAGCCUCAUGUGAAGAAUUAUUUAGUCGUGUUUUGGAACUUGUAAUGCUCCAAUCAGCAUAAUAAGCUAGAUCUGUGAUGCUGCUGGACGAGCUAAACAGCAUUACACUACGAGACCAAACUUAUCAUGCGAAACAACCAAAGCUGGUUGAUUUGUAUAGCAGAUCCCCCAUCUUGACUAUGGAGUGGGGAGGUUUUUGCUCAGGAUACCUUCCGCUGCACCCGCAUCUUCGCGGGCCUGGUAGAAAUUUUUUUCCAGCUCUGCAUCGUCGGGACGGGCAACUACGCGUGGAUCAACUUCGUGGGGGCCACGCCUUGCCUAGCGCUGUUCGACGACAGGUUUCUGCUGGAUGUCUACCAGUGCGGCCCGCUCAUGCUGCGGAAAAUUGUUCUUGCACCCUUGACACUGUUUGCCAGUAGAAAGAAGGAAAAAAGAAAUAAAUCCGCGUCACUUCUAGUAGACACCGCAAAGCAAGUGCAAGAACUGCCCCAGGACGGCGCGCCGACCGCCAAUCAGCUCGAGACGACACUGAAAAAGGGCGAAAGAAAGCAGGAUUUAAAUAUGUCCGCAAGAGUGAGCAUCGGUGCCAUCGUCUUUGCCCCAAUAUCCUACUGCGCUACCGCGGUGAAGAAAGUGUACCUGUUCGUCUACGCCACUGCGGUAGUUGUGCUGACCCUGUUUAUGGUGUACAAGAGCCGCGAGCCGCUGAAGGAACUGUACUCCCCCGCACCUUGGAUCAAUAAUUACGACAACUACUUCUUCAUGACGUCGCAGGGCGUGUUCGGGUUCAUCAACAAGUUGCGCGUGAAUCUGGUACUAGAGUACCGGUAUGAAGACGACGAGGAUGCGGAGUCUUCGUGGCGGCCCUUGGACUUCAAGUGCAUCCCGGGGUCGCUUGGGAAGCGGCCCUGUUUGCUGUCCCCCUAUCAUUCCAGGCUCGACUGGGAAACCUGGAUCCGCACCACUGCCUCCUUUGAGCACGUCAUUGACCAGUAUCCAAGGGAAGUUGUGGGCCAGGUAGGAAGUUUUCUUUCUUGUAGUAGCCCUGUGUGUCGCUGUCGUUGAGGUUCUGAUCCAAAAACUCUUGGUGCCUCGAACAAAUAGACGGAAAUUUGUGCUGGUGGUAGACGACCGCCUGUAUCGACUUGUAACUCCAAAUCUAAGAGAUAGAGAAAGGGAUACAUUUAAUAAAUCAGGCACUGCAGCAGAACCUGCCAGAUUUUUUGCAAAUCCUGAUCGAUCGCCUGCUUCAUGGAGACGAGAAUGUCGGGCGGCUAAUGGACCAUGCUAGCGUGCGUGAGAUGUACUACCCUGAUGGAACAACCACGACGAACGAUAAAGCUGCAGGAGAGCAGCUGCAAAAAAGGUUGCCUGCCGCAAUCCGGACCUCCUUUUAUCUGUACGAGUUCCAAGAACUGAGUGACAAGCAAGACUGGUGGCUGGCGCCGAGCGUUGCUGUCUCCUCGGCCCUCAACUGGUACAAGCGAACCCCGCUGGACCUCCCCGGCCAGCAAGGAGUGCACACGCGCAAGGGGAAGAAGCAAACGGCGUACCCAGAGAGCGACGACUGGCGCAUCACGAUCUGUGUCCUCGCGGCCAUUCUGGCUGCGACCAUGAUGCCUUCGUCUUCAGCUCCUAGUGCUCUUUCGCUGGUAGCAGAACUGGAUGGCGCGCCAGAAGAGGAGCAGCUUGCGGUUUUUACUAGUGCUACCAGCAGAACAUCAAGUACUUCUCCGUCGCUGGUAAUCCGAUCGAAAAAAAGUGGUGAUGUCAAGACUGGUAAAUCCGCAACGCUCCUCGAUGAGGAAAAGGAGCAAAAGCAAUCCUCUAAACAGGCGAAAACCUCCGCGUCCAGCAGCAGCAGCAGCGGUCCCUCGGCAGGAGGAGAGGGAGAGGCCGCUGGUGCCAACGAGUCGUUAUCCACAACAACCUCCGAAACCGAGCCGAGUCCGAAGAACUCAGAAAGCCGCCCCACCGCAGCUCCGGCACGGACGGCGGUGGGAUACCGGGCGACCAGCCUGUUUCGGCAGGUCGCGGUGCUCGUCUUGGCGUGCGCGGUGUGCGGACUGUGCCUGCUGGCCGAUUAUCCGGGAUCGUGGCUCACUGUGUUUGACACGCGCGCCCGGUCCACCGGUCGGGCCGUGCUUGCAAUAAAUCGCAGAGUUGUCGGCGUUCUCCGCUUGGGGUCUGUGCGAGGCGGCUUUCUACCAACGGUCGUCGCGCCCGUGGUGGGCGCUCACUACGAAACCUUGUUUCAGCUGCUCACGCUCGUGGACACGGUCUAUCUGCCCUCGCACAAAAGCCUUGUUAAGAACAUGACCACGGCGAUCGUCGUCUUGUCGUUUCUCAAACCGCCGACGGAAAUCUUCCGAACUGGCAACCUCGCGCGCGGUGCGCUUGCGAUUGCUCUGGCCUACAGCGUCUCACAAGUCCAGUGAAAUAAGUAUAUAAAGCGACUCCGACUGCGAAGGUUGCGACAGCCAUCAUGCUCAUCCUUAUACAUUAUCUGAACGAUGUGUAGACGACAGAAAUUAAAAAGCAGACGGCGACGGCGCGCAUCGACAAUAUUGACGUACUUCAAAUAAAGACUUUCCCUUUCCUGUGGGUUUACUGUCGAUUUUGAAGGAGCGAAGCACCUCCGCGACUAC